CCCCGAGCCAGCAGCGUCGAGCGCCGCCGCGCAGCCCCGCCGCGCCCGGAACAAAGGCCCGGCCGCCGCCGCCGCCGCCAUGAAGCCGGGGCCGCCGCACCGCGCCGGGGCCGCACACGGGGCAGGCGCCGGGACCGGGGCCGCCACCGCACCCGGGGCCCGCGGGCUGCUCCUGCCGCCGUUGCUGCUGCUGCUGCUCGCGGGGCGCGCCGCGGGGGCUCAGCGCUGGCGCAACGAGAACUUCGAGAGGCCUGUUGACCUCGAGGGCUCUGGGGACGAUGACUCCUUUCCCGAUGAUGAGUUGGAUGGCCUCUACUCAGGGUCAGGCUCAGGCUACUUCGAGCAGGAGUCGGGUCUCGAGACAGCCAUGCAGUUUAGCCCUGAUGUGGCCCUGGCCGUGCCCACUGCGCCUGCUGUGCCACCCACCACAGACGUCCAGCCCAUGGGCUCUCCAUUUGAAGAGCUGCCCUCUGAGCAUCCCAGCCCAGAACCAGUCACCAGCCCUCCAGUGGUGACCGAGGUUCCAGAGGAGCCCAGCCAGAGAGCCACCACCAUCUCCACCACCACGGCCACUACCACUGCCACCACCACAGAGGCCCCAGCUGAGGCCACGUCACCCACCACAACAGCCACCACUGCUCCCAGCACCCCUGCGGCACCCCCUGCCACGGCCACCACUACCAUCCUAAGGACCACCGGUAUACGGAGGCUACUGCCUCCUCCACUGACCACGGCUGCUACAGCCCGGGCCACCACCCCAGCAGCACCCUUGCCACCCACCACGGUGGCUGCUUUGGACACAGAGGCCCCAACGCCCAGGCUGGUCAGCACAGCUACCUCCCGGCCAAGAGCCCUUCCUCGGCCAGCCACCACCCAGGAGCCUGAUGUCCCCAAGAGGAGCACCCUGCCCCUGGGGACCACUGCCCCUGGUCCCACAGAAGUGGCUCAGACCCCAACUCCAGAGUCUUCCCUGACCACUCUCUGGGAUGAGCCAGAAGUACCAGUGAGUGGGGGACCCAGCGGGGACUUUGAGCUGCCAGAAGAAGAGACUACACAGCCAGACACAGCCAAUGAGGUGGUGGCUGUGGGAGGAGCUGCGGCCAAGCCAUCAGCUCCAUCCGGGACACUGCCCAAGGGUGUCCGCCCGGGCCCUGGCCUCCUGGACAAUGCCAUCGACUCAGGCAGCUCGGCCGCUCAGCUCCCUCAGAAGAGCAUCCUGGAGCGGAAGGAGGUGCUCGUAGCUGUGAUUGUGGGUGGUGUGGUGGGUGCCCUGUUUGCUGCCUUCUUGGUCACACUGCUCAUCUACCGCAUGAAGAAGAAGGACGAGGGCAGCUACACGCUGGAGGAACCCAAGCAGGCGAGUGUCACGUACCAGAAGCCUGACAAGCAGGAGGAGUUCUAUGCCUAGCGGAGCCACAGUGCCUCCUGCAGCCUCAACACUGACCCCCACCCAGUCCCCAGCCGGCCCCACCAGACCAGGCCUGGGACUGGGCCCAGGAGGGAGCCCAGCCCCUGUUCCUCUCUGCUGUCCCUUUCAAGGCUUGCCCAGGCUGUCAGCAUCCCACAGAUCGUCUUUGAAGAACAGGGGUGCUGCCACCUGCCCCAGACAGUGCCCUUACCAGCUUGUCUCUUGUCCCCAACCAGCCUGGAGCUUCAGGACCUUUUAUGUCUGAUGGACAGGAGGAAGGAAGGUCCUGAUUGACUGGUGGAAGCAGGGGAAGGGCUGGGAAUGGAUAGCCUGAGGCUCCCCCUGGUCCCCACAGGGCUGGGAGAGCUCUCCUUUGUGGGGCAGAGAAGCAGUCGGGCUGGUUUCCAGUGGCAACUCAGUUCUUGAAAUCAUCCAGACCCUGCAGCACUUCGCUCCUGUCCCAGGGCCUCUCUCUGCCUGGGUGGGAGGUGUCCUUUGCCACCAGCCUACCCUGGUUGUGGGAUCCUUGUUUCCUCUCCCUGCCCAGUGCACGUGUGCAUCUUCCCUUGGGGAAAUGUCUUCCCAAGAGCACAGGGGCGGCUGGUGGUGAGGAGAGGGGACUCCACACAGACGCCAUCACCCACUGUCAGACACUACCAUGCUCUCACACACAAGACAAAGUCAUAUGCAGUCCUGUCCGCCCAGCCAACCAAGACAUGCCACUGCCACAGACACGCACCUUUGAAGGAUUUUACCUUCACGCAUUGCUUGAACACCCAAGACAUUUCUGCAAUGCUAGCCACUGGUCAUUGUCACAGUGUGGCCUCCUUCUCUCUCUUUCCGCCCUGCACAGACACACACUCUGGCAACAUACACUCCAGCUUUCAGACUCACUGGGGAAGGUGGAAUCAAGCUGGAGCAAUCAGCCCACAUUGGGUCCCCGGAUUUGCCCUGUUCCACUCAGUGCCCCACCAUGACACCCACACCAGCCACACUGCCCCAUCCCAGCCCGUGUCAGAUGUAAUCAUACAGUCACUCCAUACAACUCACUCUGAUGCUGGAGGUAGACAGGUGAGCACUUGCCUUUCCUGGAAUGUGUGGGGAGUACUGUCACAGCCUUCCCAGGGCUCUGAGCACCACAGGCCUGGCCUCCCCCCUGGGCUGCUUCCCUCCCCAUCACCUUGUAGCCCACAGGGGGAGGCUUAGGGCCAGCCCCCACCAACCAUGACUGUGGGGCUUCUCCAAGGUUGAAGGAGGAUGGGUUCCUGUAGCUUGGCCCCGUCUGUGGAGGGAACUUGGAUCUCCCAGGACCAAAGGCCCAGGUGGGGGAAGGGGGGGGGGAUAUGGUUUGGCUCCAAGUCUCCCUGCAUCCCCUUCCUGCUCUGAGCCAGGGGCUGACUCUGCCUCCCAGGACACAAGUCUCCAAAGUGCCUGUGAGGGUGGGCCUCUACCAGGGCCCUAUGUACCACUUAUGCUGGCCUGCCCAGGUCGACCUCAAGCCCACCCACCCGGGGCUUCCCUGUGGACACCUCCUAGCCCAUCUGAACAAAUGGUUCUGCAGUUCUGGCCACAGCUUGCUGGACCCCCAGCUGGUAGCAGCCCACCCCAGUCCCCCAGGUCCCAAGGACAGAUUUGAUGGACCAGAGCAGGUGACAAUGGUGGUGGUGGUGGGGGGAGGGGUGUUGUCACAGGACCCAAGCCCACCAUUCCUUUCUUUGUUACUUCUGCAAGUGGGGCCAUUUCAUAAAUACUUUAAGCAUGGAGUCACCAUUCUCCUUUGGCGGGGGGACUGGAUGGGGUGGGGAGGCUGCCUGGCAGGGGUUCUUGAAACUGAAGGGAUGUGGUGUGAGUUAUGAUUGGCCGGUGCCCCCCACCUCUCACUCAUCACUCAGAUUCACAUCAGGAGCUUCCCCGCUCCCAGUUUACUUCUGUUCUUUGUCAAGAUUCCCUGGCAGCAGACUUGAGCAGGGUGAGGGGUGGGUGCCUGGGGCUGUGAGUCCAAGGUCCCCCAUCAGGGCAGCUUGUAUUAUCCAGGCAUCCAUCUUGUAUACCCCUGGACAUCCUUGUUGGACUCAGAGCUUUGUAAGAAGGUCAGUUGGU